AUGCCGACUGCUGCUGCUGCAACUUCCCCGAUUCGGCUGCCGCUGCUGUGUUCAUGCAGUGUUCCCACAUGCGUGAGCAAGGAUGGUUGGCGGUGCACGCACAUGAUGGGUUGGAAGGAGCAGCUGUGGACACACACGUCCAUGGUCAUGUUGGGCACAUCGAACCACAGCGAGCAGUUCAUGGCAGGUGUCUCCGCUGUCACCAUCAUCACCAUCAUCGCCAUCGACUGCACAGCCGCCAUCACACGCCGGCCGACACCAGCUCCAAUCUGGCGUGAGGCAGACAUUGCACAUGUCAGUCGCUCUGACGAAGAGGAGGCGCAUGAAGCGGUGGAACCAACGACGAUGACGAUGACGAGUGAUGGAGCAACAACAGCUGAUGUGUGGCUGCAUUUGGAUGAACGGGCCCUCUGUAUCUUGUCCAUCUCCUCCUCGUCGUCGCCGUCAUUGGUCCCCAACAGCAGCGGCAGCGGCCAUGGACGUGGAGCCUUCCCCAUGCGAUGUGCACCUGCUGAGGCGUGCUCGAGACAGCCGCCAACACAGGCAGGCAGGCAGGCUAGCUCGCUGCUGCUGCUGGUGACUGCUGUGAUGAUGGCCGUGCGUGCAUGUGCGCUGUGCGCCGUGUUUGGGGCUGCACCGAUGAAGACAAGGAAGGACACGACCCGUGCCCACCACUUUUCCCCUGUCAUCUCUUCUUUCUGCUCCAUCAGCGAUGACGAUGGUGGCCGUGGCAUGUGAUUGCGGUUCCCUUUUUCUGGUUUCGCUGUGGC